CCAUGGUGGGCGUGGCCUGCCAGCCACUCCGCCGGCUUUGCCCUGGGCUCGGUCAUUCAGUCGGUGACUGUGGGGAGGGGAGGCCGAACUGUGUGUGACUCCGGCUUGCUGACAGCGAUGGUCAUCCUUCCUGGACAUGGCUCCCUCUAAGUCCGUGCUCAGCUUGGCCACCUUCGCCGUCGGCUUGGCCAUCGGCUUCAUCUGCUGCUACGUGAUCUUCAGCCUGGUCCUGGACGAGAGGGACACCCCCACACCCCGGGUCCUGCACAAUGACCCCCACUUCAGGCAUGUGGAGGAGCAUGAGGCCCCUGCGGAUGGGCUGGCUGGGGAGAUGAAUUUCAAUGCUGACACCAAGCAGCACAAAGAUGAAAAUACACACCUAUCUGAUGAUCUCUUCAAGGAGGUGAGAAUCCUAUGCUGGGUAAUGACAGGACCUCAGAACCUUGAAAAGAAAACCAAGCAUGUUAAAGCCACUUGGGCUCAAAGGUGUAAUAAAGUAUUAUACAUGAGUUCUGAAGAGAACAAAGACUUCCCCACGGUGGGGUUGGAUACUAAGGAAGGUCGGGACCAGCUUUACUGGAAGACUAUUAAAGCCUUUCAGUAUGUCCACGAUCAUCACUUAGAUGAAGCAGAUUGGUUUAUUAAGGCUGAUGACGAUACUUAUGUUGUUCUGGAUAAUCUGAGGUGGCUUCUGUCAAAACACAAGCCAGAUGAUCCUAUUUACUUUGGAAGACGAUUCAAACCCUAUGUGAAACAAGGCUAUAUGAGUGGGGGGGCUGGUUAUGUGCUCAGUAAGGAAGCCUUAAAGCGAUUUGUUACUGCAUUCAAGGAGGAGAAAUGUACACACAGCUCUUCAGUUGAAGAUCUUGCCUUGGGUAAAUGUAUGGAGACUAUUAAUGUUGUGGCUGGAGAUUCCAGAGAUACCAGUGGAAGGGAAACAUUCCACCCCUUUGUUCCAGAGCAUCACCUUAUUCCGGGAUACUUGCCAAAGACCUUUUGGUACUGGAAUUACAACUAUUACCCUGCUAUUGAGGGUCCUGGCUGUUGCUCUGACCUGGCCAUAUCGUUCCACUAUGUGGACUCAAGAACCAUGUACCAGUUAGAAUAUAUGGUCCAUCACCUCCGUCCUUAUGGAUACAAGUACAGAUAUACACCUGAUACAGUGAACAGCCCAGCAGACCAGAAAGUCAAAGCAGUUGCUGAAACCAUCUGAUGUUUUAAAACCACUUGUUUAAAUUUUCCUUUUUUUUCCUGAAACAAUCAUAUGUGCACUGAUUUUGAUUUUCAUCUUUGUUCAAGACCGGCCACUCCCAUGGACCGCUUAUCAUAUUCAAUUUUGAACAACUAAAAUGUAUUUUCUAUUUUUAAUUUGAAUCGUCACACAUUCAUGCUUUACAUAGAUCUUAAAAAAAAAAAAAAAAAAAUGCUCCCAUUUGGUUUUGCACCCAAAUUGUGAAGAUGCAGUUGGUGGCUCAGUUUUUUUUUGUGUUUUUUUUUUAAAUGGUGUAUUAACAAAAACUCUUCAAGGAGACUGUACACACCACCACUAACAGCCGUAAAACAUCCCACUGAAUACUACCACGGGCAUAAGCGUGUGCGUGUGCAGUGACUAAUUAUAUUUUGAUGUUAUAGUUUGUGUUUGUUAUUGUGAAAUCUGCAAACUGGUUUCACAAAUUUGUUAUACUUAAUUUGUCUGUGAUUUGA